GAUUGGUUCGCUGGCUUAUUGCGUUGGCUUUACACCCACCAGCAACAACGGCCGGAGCAUUCAGCUUCAGAACUGUGACGAUCUCAUUGACACAAUGGGAAACCUGAGCUUACAGAUCCGCACAUUUGCUAUCUUCCAGUAUCUAUCUAUCUAAUACCGUAGUAAAGUCAGAGCAAGAUGAGCGAAGAAGAGAAUGACAGAGAAAUGUAUCUUUCAGAGGAUCAAUCGGACGCUGUGACAGCGUCGACACCCGUGGCAGUGAACGCCAAGAAAAUCACGCUGCAUUUUGACGAAGGCUCCGAUUUAGCUUCCAUUUCUUCUUCGUUGAAAGAUCCCGAUUGCGUGGUUCUUUACGUCAACCUCUAUGCCUCGUUUAUGCAAAAGUACGGUCCGGAAGCCAUAGAACAGUUAUUUUCCGAAGUCCAUCUGCCCCAUUUGCUGGGCAUCAAAGUCUGGCGUCCGGAAUGCCGCGUCGAAGAAGGUGCCGUUAUGCCACAGUUUUCCUUCCCCGUCAAGGCUCUCUCUUUAUUGCUCCGGAGCACCCUCAAGCUAGAAUAUCUCAUUUUCGACUUGAAACUGGCAGGAAAUCGCGACGAUUUUGCCGGCCUCGGGAAUGCUUUUGGGCGACUUGUCAUGCUCCAGUGCAUCGGGCUGACCAUCAAUGUCGAUGACAAGGUGAAUCAAGAUACAGGAGGAACAGCAAAUCCAUUGGAUCCAUUAAUCAAGGGGCUAGCCAAACUAUCCAAUGUGACUGAUAUCAUCAUCAAAGGAUCCUGCAAUCCCAUGGAAGACUCGCUCGGUGCACUGGAGAGUGCUGGACUUCGAGAUUUGUGUCUACUUCCGAAACUCUCUUCUCUCUACUUGUUCCUAUUUGUUCUAUCCAACGACAACUUGGCAGCCAUGGCGUCUUCACUCGAACACAACAAUGUGCUCAGAGAAUUGUGUAUCAAUUGCUCUCUUGGAAUCACCGGGAGUCAAGCGUUUACGCGCUUGUUCCGACGCAAUCAAACGUUGAAUGAAGUCAUUAUGAUUGUCACGGGGUUUGAUCAGGCGGACGGCAACCCCAACAAUAACCACAGUAUCCAACACCAAAUAGAGGCAGAGAUUGCAGAGGGUCUCGCGGAUUCGACAAGUCUCAAGGAAUUCCUCUUCCAAGGGGGCAUGGGAGAGAUGAGCACACAGAGCUUGACCCAUUUUCGGGACGCCGUCAAAUCCAACUACGUCAUUGAGAAGGUGAGCCUUCGUGUCGGUGACGAUCACGCAAACAAGGCGUUGGAUGAAGAAAUGAAGUUCCUGAUGGAACUGAAUAAACUAGGGAGAGGAGAACUCUUGACGGAUACGACGGUUCAUCGAGACGCGCGAUGGACCCGCAUGCUGGCCAAGAUGGGAUCCGAUAUCAGCAAUCUACAUUACCUCUUGAGCAUGAACCCGUCGCUUUGUUGCUAUUCGGUGGAUUCCUCCUCUCCGCAGAGAUCACGAGGCAAAAAGAAGGCUGCAAGCACCGCAACGCAGUCACAACCGACAAAACGCACCCGCCUCUACCGUGCCGCCAAGUACCAGCGAGUCAACUAUCGAUAGAGGGAGGGUGUUGGAGCGACGCAAAUCUUGGCUGCUGCGUCGAGAGCCGCAACUGCAUAUUAUCCAUCUAUGAGGACUCGACUCGUGACUGUGUAUGAUGGCUAUAGCACUGCUGACCAAGAUGUAUUUUGCCCGUCGGCUGACACUGAGCCGCGGGCUAUUGAGGAAAGGGAAAUCCGCUACGGAGCGUGAAUGGAUGAUCGUUUUGGAAUCCACUGUAUAGAGUGUGGCCCCCCUUUGUUAUUGUUCCUAUGGUGCUCGCUCGUGGAUUGCUCGUCUUGCUAGUUGUUGUAACAAGCAGUACCGUUCUUCCGUUUGUGCCUACCGGUACCUAAUCGCAUCGAUAUCUUUAUUACACGAACUGUAGUAGCGUCAAUAUCUCUAGUGCACGAACGUUAGAUUCAAUCAUUCCCCUUAAAACCUGCCCUUGC